GAAAACGAACAGACCUUUAGUCAACGCGGUUUUUUUAGGAUUGCGCGCGUAUAUUAACAUAAUUAACAUACAUUAACAUAACCUACGUAUAACCUACAGUAAUGUUCAUCGCACACGACAGUCAGUUGUAUUGCACUCAUCAUACUUAGGUUUUCACAUUGUGAAGUGGGAUUAUUUCGGUAUGAUAAAAAGUUUGAUUUAGUGUGCAUUGUUUAUAUUUGCGCGCCUGAUGCAGUCAGUGAUUUAUUUCGUCAAACAUUCGUAUCACUUAAUGUAGAGAGCUGAUAUAUAUUUUGUUUUUUUCAACAAGACUUCAAAAGAUCCCGUGAUUUUGUCAUUCGAGAAUGUUCUAUGAUUUUCCAUAUAACACCGCGAUAACAUUAUCCAUAGUUACUUGUGUGUGAUUAUCGUUUCCACUUAGGGCCGUAUUCUAAACUCUUAUUGAUAAAAAUGCUUUUAAAAUUGUCUAAGAAGAGCCACAUUUAAGGUACCUUUUAUCGAUAAAAAAAAAACAUUCAGAAUAUGGAUCUCAUUCAGUAACUGUUCACAUUUAAAAAGGUACUUGCAAGUACACAAGAACAAUCGCAGUAGAUGUCAAUAAAUCGAAUUCGAUACAAUAUCUCGAGAUACUUCUUCACUUAGUGAAACAACGGAAGAAUUUGAGAUGUGUUUGGGAUAGUCAGUCGGAAACUCCAUUAAUUCAAUUUUUUAAUUCUAUUUACAAGGGAACGGCGAACGUUUGAAGGAGAUGUUCACACGCAUUUCCUAUAGGUAACACCGUCUGUUUGAAACAUGUCGCGACAAAUCGGUGACAUUAACUCGACGGCAUAAUCAAACAAGCAGCUGCAAGAAAAUGAGGAGAAGAUUAUUAUGCGGCAUUAUCUUGGCCAGUUCGCUUUUUAUAUAUAUCAUAGUCUCGACUGAGAGUGUUCGCCAAAAGAUACCUUUCUUCGACGCCACAGCUUACGGUAUCAGGUGCUACAAUGAAGCUUCGACGGCGGAAGGCAUCCGUGACUUCGAACCAGAAUCGAGUGUGGACAAAUUGGAGCCAGGUCGGAAUAUUUUUUUCCAUGAGACUUCCUGCUUCGGCGAGGAAGGCCUCAUACUAAAUGCUCGGCAAGCCUGUGCCGUGGAAUCGGCGGCGCGGAUGAAUCCGUCUAUGACCGUGUACCUGCUGUUUGUGAGUAAGUCCGAGUUCUCGAACGGCACCCGGGAGAUCGUCAGCCACUUGCUCAACUAUCGUAACAUCAAGAUCCGGCACAUUCAGCCGGACAGCUACGUCAAGUACACGCCGUUGGAGGCGUGGUACGCCAAAGGUGCGCUGAAGAAGAGCCGUUGGCCCAACAGCCAUAUGUCGGACGUGCUGCGCUACCUGACCCUGUGGAAGUACGGCGGCAUAUAUCUGGACUUGGACGUGGUGGUUACCAGCUCGCUGGAAGAUCUGACCAAUUUCGCUGGUGCCGAAGAUUGGGAUGACGUUGCCGCCGGUGUCAUCGGUUUCGACAUGUCGCAAUUGGGCCGGCGUAUCGCCGACGCCUGCGUGCGAGAUCUCAAGAAAAAUUUUCGCGGCGAUUUGUGGGGCAACAAUGGACCCGGGGUUAUCACGAGAACACUGCAAAAAUUCUGCGCCACGAAAUACGCACGCGAUAUGACGACUGCCCGUUGCCAUGGUUUCGCCGUCUACCCGCCGUCAGUCUUCUACCCGGUCCACUAUAAGAAAUGGAAGAAAUAUUUCGAGACCAAAGAGAAUAACGAGACGAUGAAGAUACUGAACAAAGCGAAGGCGAUCCACGUGUGGAACAAAUUGAGUAACGCCGAACAGGUACGAGUGGACAGCAACGUACCUUACGCCAUCAUCGCACGGAGGUAUUGUCCCUAUGUUUUCAAUAAUCGUAAAACAGUGUUUUGAAGAAGCUGAGAAUUGAACGAGGAGCGACGUUGAUAUGCUCAACAUGUAUUGCUCAGUCGUACACAUCACAACAAUGCAAUUUCGGAUUUGUCCCAGUAUGACCCGAGUGAGCGACGAUGUAUUUAAACAAAAUGUAUUUAACGAGACAAAGGCUGAUUUAGAAAAGUGUUCUAAUCAUCCCGUAAUAAUAUUAAGACGAAAUUGUAUAUUUAUAACGAUAUCAAAGAGACCAGCACUUAAGUAUGUAGUAGAAGACGACUGUGUCUAAUGAGUGUCUCAAGUAGAACGGAAAAUGACGAUGAAGUCAUUUUGACGUGAUUUUCUGUCCUACUCGGGAUUAACAACGAGUGCAAUUCUACAAUGAGAUCUGCAAUGCGGUCGUUGACAUCGUAAAGUUGUGAAAGUGCAGUCAUUCGGUUCAAUUCCAGCGAUUGGAUUGACCGUAUUCCACUGAAAUUGGAAGUGGACCAACGACUGCGACCGCACUGUAGGUUGAGCUUUUUAAGCGCGAAAUACUGCGACUCGUACAUAUCGAUAUAAAUGUAGGAUAUGUGAUGAAAUGAUCUCGACACUGAAGCUUAUCAUAUACUGAUUGCUUAUACAGUAUGAGUCAACAGUUUCCCUUUCUUCUGUCAAGAGAAGUCUAUUUUUGCAUGAAGAAACUCGGUAGGCUAUUAUAUUUUUCGCGUUUAGAUCUCAUAAAUGCAAAGAAUCAAUUCGCUCGUUUCCCUGAUGCACCAAAUACCCGUCCCGGAUAUAUGUCUUGAAUAUGGUGACAUUACGCACAUAUCACAUAAUUCCUUUGAUAUGCAUAUAUUAUUAAUUUCACUUUAAUUCCCAAUCUAUUUAGCGUACUACUAUGUAAGUACGAGACUCGAAAUGGAAUCGAGUGUUUAGUGCAAAAGAGCAACGUGCAAUAUCUACGUAUUACUUUUGUUUAUAUUUAUCUUGAUUAGAUAGAUUCGCUGCACAAGUCGGAGAAAUAUAAUCUUAAAACGGACCCAUUAGUACAAACUGUUAAAGACAAUUGUUAUUAAUAUUAAUAUUAAUAUUAAUAUAAGAUUCAGCAUAACAGUGGCCAUAUAUAUUGUAAAUAUUUAAA